AAUUCGUCCAGUUAUAUGUUCUGUGUAAGUGGAGGUUGUGCUGCGGCUCCAUCGCUCUUCUAAAUGGGAUAUCUUCCGUAUUCAUCAUAUAUUUCGGGCAUCUGAACUUCUGGAGCUUAUCACCGUUCCUGUGAGCCAAAAGGCUAAGGAAUCACUGCAUUCGGGAAGGCCAGGCGGAACCGGCUUUCCCUGAGAGGCGUUUACCAGCCCUUCAAGAUUAAUACUCAGACAUCAUUGUUGGACCCAGCUCCGCAAUGCUUCCUACCAGCAGCGAAUCCACAUACAAAUAUGCAGCCUCGCCUCACUUCGAGCCUGAGGGUGACUCCAGUCAAGAUCCAGAUUGGAAUCCCCUCAGACUGUUUGGGGACCACUGCAAACUUUACCAAGUUCGUGCGGGUAGACAGGCAAAGUGGAGGCUGGGCCAACUACCCCACUCAGGAACCGAACAUGGGAACCACCACUAUCACCACCACAUCCACUGAGCUACACCCUAAUAGAAUGAUUGGUGUAGAUCAGGUGGCUUGCAACGUCUCCCUGAAGAACAUAGCUGAAUGCUCAAUGCAUCUGAAUCAGCCUGCAGGCACCUCAAAAAUGGCUAUCUUUGAUGUGGCAGCAGAAUCUUCAAUGGAUUCAGAAAGAGAGUUGCUGUCAUUUAAACACACUGAGGAUUCGUCCUUGCCUUCAUGUGGUUCACACAUGGCAAACAGUGUUCUAUCAACUGAGGGCACUAAACUGUCAGUAUCUCCAUGUGGUUCCAUGUUGGAUAGUGGCCUUCCCUCAGAGGGACUCCCAAAUGUGUACAGCUUGGGGGAUAACGUCCUUAAUAAUGAGAGGCCCUUAUCUCCUUCAGAUUUCCUUCAGCAAAAUCCAGCACCAUCUUCAUCACAGAUGCAAGACAUUGAGGUUUCGCCAAUAGUAAAUGACUUGAUAGAUCAGGUCUUGAAAGAAAGUAAUCCCAUGAAUGGCACUCCGCAGCUGGAUAUUGAUCUGGAUCUGGAUCUGUUCAAUGACCCUGAUAUCAAUCAAGAUGUUCUUAAUGAUAUUGUGCAAGAAUGUGGCAUCUGGGAUGAGAUAAACAAUGGAAACCAUGUCCAGUGCAGUAAGAAAGACAUGGCUACUAUCAAAAUGGAGGAGGAAAUCCAAGCCCAGUGUAAGAGAAAGAUGCCUAAAUCAGAAGUAAAGAAGGAAAGCCAGGUGCACUAUACAGGAGAAUUGUCUACCUUAUCAGUACCAACCACCAUGGUCCAGCCAACUAGGAACCAGGAGGACUUCGUGGGACCAGUGCGAACUCGGCAGACAAGGAGGAGUUCUAGGAAUUUAGUAAGAUACAAGAUAAAGUAUUUGGAUGAUGAAUCUAGUGCUGCAGAGAUUGCAGUGAAUACAGAGUUCAAGAAUUUGGUGGGUUCUACAUCCAGUAGUACCCAAAGCUCAGAUCAAGAUGAUGUAAGAGAACUGACAGGGGAAGAAAAGUACAAGAGGAAUCGUGAGCAGAAUAAUGCUGCCUCUAAGCGAUGCAGAGAGAAGAGGAAAGAGAAAUUGGAGAAUAUGAAAUUGGAACUUAUAGAACUGGAAAAGAAAAAUGAAGGCCUAAAAGACAAGGUGAAAAGGCUCACAUCGUUACGUGAUGACUUUAAAAAAUUUGUCUAUGGAGUUCUGUUUGACAGAAUGGCAUAGAGGUAAAACUUAGUUAAAUAAUAAAGAUGGUGCAGAUUGAAUUAAGUAACAGAAAUGUAACCAAGGCAUUUAAUGUUAGUCUUAAAGACUGUUAUUAUUAUUAUUAUUAUUAUUAUUAUUAUUAUUAUUAUUAUUAUUAUUGUUAUUAUUGUUAUUAUUAUUAUUUCUUCUCACACCAGAGUAUGUUAUUCAAAUCCCAAUGACGUGAUCCAGCAGAAGUAAGGCUUGUCAUUCAUGUGUGUAUCUGAGCACAUUUUAACCCAAGAUGUGUAUUGCACUAUAACUGGUAGGAUCAUUAAUAGAUUUUUUCAAAGUACUAUAUUACAGGGUUUUGAAAAUACCAUAGGUGGUGUGAAUUCAAUAUUGUGAUUAAUGUGUGUAUUACCUGCCAUUCUACAAUAUAGUAACAUACUAUUAGAACAAUAUCGGGCUCUGGAUUCAUUAAUGACAAGAUUUUUGUAGAUUGUUUUGGCAGGCUCACUGUAACCCUAUAUUUGAAAAUAGUUUUGAUACUUUGUGGUAUUUCAAGCAAAUAAAAGUAUAAAUUUGAA